AUGCAUGAAAGAAUUCACACGGGAGAAAAACCCUUUCAAUGCUCAACAUGUGCAAAAUGGUUCAAAACGAACUCAGACCUUUCCAUCCAUGAAAGAAUCCACACAGGAGAGAAACCCUAUACAUGUAAAGAAUGUGGAAGGAGCUUUACUCAGAGGGUAAACCUUAUUACGCAUGAAAGAAUUCAUACAGGAGAGAAACCCUUUCAAUGCUCAACAUGUGCAAAAUUCUUCAAAACAAGCUCAGAGCUUAACAGCCAUAAAAGAAUCCACACAGGGGAGAAACCCUAUACAUGUAAAGAAUGUGGAAGGAGCUUUUCGCAUAGUUCAUCCCUUAUUACGCAUGAAAGAAUUCAUACAGGAGAGAAACCCUUUCAAUGCUCAACAUGUGCAAAAUUCUUCAAAACAAGCUCAGACCUUAACAGCCAUAAAAGAAUCCACACAGGGGAGAAACCCUAUACAUGUAAAGAAUGUGGAAGGAGCUUUACUCAUAGGACAUAUCUUAUUAAACACCAACGAAUUCACACAGGAGAGAAACCCUAUACAUGUAAAGAAUGUGGAAAAAGCUUUUCUCAGAGGGAUACCCUUAUUACACAUGAAAGAAUUCAUACAGGUGAGAAACCCCAUGCAUGUAAAGAAUGUGGAAAGAGCUUUUCUCAGAGGGCAACCCUUAUUACGCAUGAAAGACUUCACACAGGGGAGAAACCUUAUAAAUGUUCUAUAUGCAGUGAAACAUUCCGUUACAGUAAUCAGCUUGCGAGACAUCAAAGAACUCAUGCACGGGAGACUCCCUAG